UCUAAUUUCAAGUAGGCCUGCAUAAUUUUUGGAAUCUGAUUACGUAAUCCAGAUUACCUGUAAUCAGUUACUAGCUCUGAUUAUAAGUAUGCCAAAAUAAAGUUAGCAAUCAUUAGUCAUCAUUUUAAUUUAUUUUAACGUUAAUGCUUAAGAGAUUUAUUAUAGACAAAUAUUUCAUGUGGUAAAAAGAAACAAUUUUAAAUCUCUUCAAUCAUUUUGCUGUGAAGUCAUUGCUGUGCUUUGACAGGAUCCUAAUCUUAAAGACAAACAAAAGCUUUUUGUCAUUUUCUUGCUUGAGCGACGUUCCUUAAAAGCCAACAGAAGAACAGGAACAAUCGACAAACUCUCCGAAGGAGGGACUUGAAAAAAGUCCCUUUGAUUCCCCUAUAGUUCUCUGCAAACGGGAACAGUUUUUUUUUCUUUUCACAACUAUUGAAUUUGUUAGUAAUUUCGCUAUAGCGGCGACUUCAGUUCACAGUUCGCCUGAAGAGGAGGGCAGUCCUAGUCCUUCCCCUCACAGCACACUUCUAGUGGAAAACACAUUUCACCAGCUCAAAAAAUGACACGGGAAAGAAGAGGGAACGCGUUUUAUGUGAAGAAAAGUUUAAACAUUAUCGGAAAAACCCCUUGGAUUGACGAGUUUAAAGAUCUGUGAAUCGUGUUCGAAGCUUUGGAUUCAACACUACAACUUGUAACGGAUUUAAAACGUAGGACGCACAAAACCGGCGGCAGAUCGAAAUAAAGCGGGACUUGGCGAAAACUUACAGUAAAGAGUGGCUUGGUGUUUGGGACCUCACAGACCGGCUGUGUGUUUUGGAGCAACUUGAGGAGCUUCUUCAAUCCAGUGACCCUAGCGAUUGUGAGGACCAUGAGCAGCCAGUAGUGACACACGACAGCAUCUACAGCAGCCACAAAGAUGUUUCGGAAAAAAGCCUCAUCCUCCUUGAGAAUGCGAGGAAAAUCAGAAAACAAUAGACGGAGUGCUGACCGUGCCCGAAGCUCCUCCUUCCAUGAGGUAGGCAGGUCACAGAAGCUGGAAAUGAGGGCGGCAGCCUCAGUUUCUGAGGACACAUCAGCUAGCAGCAGUAGUGGUAGUGGCCAUACAGUUCUGCAACGGCUCUUACAGGAGCAAAUGCGCUAUGGCGAGGGCCGCAAUUAUCUUGCCCUACAGCAGCAACAACAACAACAGCAGCAGCAGCAACAACAACAACAACCGCAACAAGGUCCAAUCAGUGGAUACCCGGGCCCUGGCGGCCCAGGGGACGAGCACUCGAUGGUCCCUCACAUUGCGAGGCAGGAGCCUCAGGGCCAGGAGCUGCAGGCUGACAGCGGCAUGGAGAAGCUUAGUACACGCACUGCAGGAGGAGGAGGUGGCAAUGGAGGCACAGGGUCAGGUGGUGGAAGCUGCGUGAGCGGACAAGGGCAGAAUUUCGAAGACCUGCCCACCUACGACCAAGCCAAGGUGCAGUCGCAGUUUUUCCGUGGCCAUCAGCCCCAACAGACUCAACCACAGCUACCCCCAACAUCAGUAGGUGCUGCAUUUUAUGUGACUGGCGUCAACAACCCUAAGGUGAGACCCCCAGAGGGCAGACCCACAGUGCAAAGAGUCAACGGAAGCAAAGUGCACCAAGACGAUGGGCUCAAGGAUCUUAAACAAGGCCAUGUACGCUCACUCAGCGAAAGACUAAUGCAACUCUCUUUGGCCACCAGUGGGGUCAAGGCCCAUGCACCUGUUACCAGUUCACCACUUUCCCCCCAGCUGCCUCCACCUGGAGACUACUAUAAACCCAAUGGGCCCCCGCACAGAGGCCCACCACCAGACUAUCCUUUUAAAGGAAUGCCCUCUCCACCCAAACAGCAGCAGCACCAUCAGCCUCAGUACCAGGAGCCUGGACAUUUCUACACUGACCACCGUGGCACAAGCCAGCCAGCCAGGGUUGACAUUCCUAAUGUCCGGUACCAGCCACCACCUGAAUAUGGCUCUUUCCGGUCAAAUAAGGAGAGUUCAAGUCACUCUCAAAGGUCUGUCCAUCACCACAGCCCUUCAUCUUCUGUUACAUCAGGGGGCUCUCUCUCCCGUGCUCAGUCUUCCACUCUUAGCAACAUCAUGGCCUCUUGCCACCCUCCUCCACCUAUGAGUCACCAGGGAGAGCUACACUUCCCCACUGGUGCUCGGAGCCCACAGGGGCCUGGUUCCCACCAAGGUGAUCCAUAUGGCCCAGGUCACCCUCCCCAUCAGCGGAGCCAUGUGUUUCCUCAUGAUCAUUAUGGGUCAGCUCCCAGGGGCCUCCACAUGCAUCAGCACCAGUACCACCAACAGGGCCCCCAACAGCAGCAACAGAGUCCAGGACAACACUACCCACAUCCACACUCCAUGCAGGGGGAUCCUUACGCCAUGCUAGCCCGUGCCCAGCAGAUGGUGGAUAUGCUGUCCGAAGAAAACCGAUUGGUUAAGCAAGAGCUGGAAGUGUGUGGGGAGAAGGUGUCCAGACUACAAAAGCUGGAGACUGAAAUCCAGAUGGUGUCUGAAGCCUAUGAGAACCUAGCCAAAUCAUCCACAAAGAGGGAAGCUCUCGAGAAGACCAUGAGAAAUAAGUUGGAUAUGGAGGUGCGCAGGAUGCACGACUUCAACAGGGACCUAAGAGAGCGAAUGGAAACGGCCAACAAGCAGCUCGCCACAAAAGAGUGUGAAGGCACCGAGGACAAUCGCAAUACCAUCUCACAGCUUCUGGCUCAGAUUAAAGAGAUUCAGAGAGAGAAGGAGAAGCAGGAUAUCGAGUUAAAUUCACUUCGCUGUACCAACGAGGACCAGCGCAGACACAUUGAGAUCCGUGACCAGGCCUUGAAUAACGCCCAAGCCAAAGUCGUCAAACUGGAGGAGGAGCUGAAGAAAAAGCAGGUAUAUGUGGAGAAGGUGGAGCGGAUGCAGCAGGCUCUAGCACAGCUUCAGGCCGCUUGUGAGAAGAGAGAACAACUUGAGCAUCGGCUACGCACUCGACUGGAGAGAGAGCUUGAAUCACUCAGAAUGCAACAGAGGCAUGGUGGUUCUCAGAACACCGUUAGUCCUGAGUUCAGCACAGCGACUCUGAUGGAGCACCUGAGGGAAAAAGAGGAGAGGAUUUUGGCCCUGGAGGCCGACAUGACCAAAUGGGAGCAGAAAUACCUGGAGGAGAGCGUCAUGAGACAGUUCACGCUGGACACCGCUGCUUCUGUUGCCACCCAGAGAGAUACGUCCUCCUCCAUCAUCAGCCACUCCCCCAGCAGCAGCUACGACACUUCGGUGGAGGCACGUAUCCAGAAAGAAGAAGAGGAGAUCCUCAUGGCUAACCGCCGCUGUUUAGACAUGGAGAGCAGGAUCAAGAACCUGCAUGCUCAGAUUAUAGAGAAGGACGCCAUGAUAAAGGUACUGCAUCAGCGCUCGCGGAAAGAGCCGGCCAGCAAAUUAGACGCACCUGCCAUGAGGCCCUCCAAGUCCCUCAUGUCCAUAGCUACAGGCACUGGCAGCUCCAGUGGCUCCGGGCUGCUGUCACACUCUCUGGGCCUCAGCGGAAGCAGCCCCAUCACGGAGGAGCGCAGGGAAGAUCGCUGCUGGAAGGGCAGUCUGGGUGUCCUGUUGGGCCCAGAGUUCAGAGGUGACUCUCUGAGGACCGAGUCCAUCUCCUCCUCUCCAUCUCCGGUCCUGCCCUCCACCCCCAUGUCAGCCGCCACACACUCAAAAACCGGCAGCAGAGACAGCUGCACCCAGACGGAAAAGGGUCAGGAGGCCAGCAAGCCUAGCACACCCGCCCUGCAGAGCGUAUCCGGACCGAGCCGGAUCAGCAGCCCGAGCCCAGUCUACAUACCUGACCGCAUCGCCGAUGUGUUUCACAGCAGUACAUUAGAGAGGAGAGCUCCAGUGCAGUCGCUCCCGCAGCAGAGCCUGCCGUCAUCGCCACUCCCAGCGCAGGACUUGGACAGCGAGAAUGUGGAGAUACUCAUCUGAUCUCACACACACACACGCACACAUCCGUACAGAAACAACUCAAAGCAGGUGAAGGAACCGUGUGCUUCUCUUCUCUCCAUUACUCCGGAUCAAGAUUGUCAGAAUGUUUAGGAAUGCAUUCUUUACACAAACCUGUAAACAAAAUUAUAAAGUAGUUUACAGUCAACCGUUUUUUUUUUUCUAUUUUUGUACAGUAUUGUCUGGUGGUCUUUUUUUUCCCCCUCCAGACCCUUGGACCAAAUGUAUUGGCAUAAUUUUCUACAUUUAUUGCACUACUUUGUGUUUGUAUUUACUUAUUUUGGGUAUGCAUUCGUUAUGUUGUGUAUAUGUACUAAUGAUACAAAUGUGGCACUUGAGUAUUGAGCGAUAUGGUGACUAGCCGAACAGUUGUUACAUGUAAAUACUGAAUCAGAAUACUGUAAAACUGAAUGUCAUAGGGCCUUUAUUAUUCUAGGACGCAUUGUCUGUACAGCACAUACGCGCACUGUUUAAGAGCAAAGGACCAACAAGCGUUUACCUGUGUCCACAAGCUCAUCUAUCCGUAUGUGAAGGUAUGAGUGACCCAACUGGUUUUGGGUUUGUCUGUGUCAGAGUCGGUAAUUUUCCAAACAUAACUGAGGUCCAUCAUUCCAGUAGAGCUACAGCAGCCACAACGUGCCUUGAGCGAAAGGUUCUCACACUUAGUCCCAGAUUUCCCAGUCUGUUCAUUUCCCAACCUCUCGUUUCAAUGUGAUGCUUACUCCUAAGUCAUUAUUUUCUUUUGUGGGUAACAAAAUAGCUUUUUUCCAGUCUCGUGGUUGCAAGACAGACAUUUAGCUCUUGAUCAAAGGAAUCUGUAAAAAUUUAAUAAAAUUAUAUGCAAAUGUUUUAAAGCAGGGGCAAGCAAUGAUCCUCGUAUUAUUUCGAGGGUCUGUUGUUAUUCAAGAUAACAUGGAGGUGUAAAUUAGAUUUUUCCAUGAAAUCAGUAAAUAGAACCACUUUUCUAAAACAACAUUAAGCUGAUUUAUUUGUGAAUUUGCUCGUGUUUCUCAGGUGCUUAUACACAAAUAUGAAAAAUAGUCUCAAAGAUGUAUUCAUCAUGUUAACUGGCGUUUGCGUUUUUGUAAUUUGAACAUUCAAACACUUCAUUCAAAAAGUUUUUAAAGCAGGUCAUCAUAUCAAAGAACUGUAACCUUCAGAUUAAUUAUUUUUUAGAUGUUCAAAAUUGUGGUAUUUAGUAUUAUGGUACAAUACCAUUCAAAAUUUCGGAGUUGGUAAGCUUUUUUUUUUUCAUGCUCACCAAGUUUGCAAAUAUUUUAUAAAAAUCAGUUUUAAAUAACUCCUUUCUAUUGUAAUAUAUUUCAUGUAAUUUAAUCUCGCGAUGACUAAGGGAAGUUUUCAUCAGCCAUUACUCCAACUGUCACAUGAUCCUUCAGAAAUCAUUCUGUAUUGAUUUGGUUCUUAAGAAACAAAUUCUAAUUUACAAUAACCUAAUCUAUAAUUUAAUAUCCUUAUACAUUAGGUACUGAGUAAAAGUAUUUAAAAAAAAAAAACUUUUAGCAACCCUAAACUUUUGAACGGUUGAAACUUGGCACUACGCACAUUUGCCCCCUAUAGGACACAGAAAACAUUGCAGUAUAAAAGCCAUUUCUCAUAAAGGGUCAGCUGGAGCAGGAAAGGUCUUGUUUUGAGCCAAUCAUCCGAGCCCUAAAUCCCAUGUGACUAUUGUGGAGCCAUAAUGUGAUGAUUUGAAAGAAACUGGGCUAAAGAAAUGAGAUCCAAAAUAACAGCUUCAUAUUUAUAGUUUAGUUCUCGGUCAAGAGACAACCAUAUACAAGUCUAAAAGAAUUCAACCUGAUAAAAAAAAAAAAAAAAAUUAUAUUUUCCCAAAAAAUUUGAUUUCAUAUAAUUUUAUUUAAUGGAAACAUGGACCAAAUUGAAUUCAUUCGCAAGUAAUCAAGUAUUUGAGCACAGUUGGUCUCAGUUCAGCACAUUGUUUGUGUCGGUACUUGACAUUUUGUACACAAUAAGUCUAUUCUCAUUCACUUGAGAGAUAGAAACUAGUUACUUUUUCUUCCGGUCUUUUUUUUAUUUUUUAUUUUAUUUAUUUUUUUAUCAAAUCUGAAAGAAACAUUUCCAGCAUUGUUAGAUUGUCCAUACACAUUUGUGUAUUUAGGACAGUUUCAGCGAGUUUGAAGAGCACUAGUAUAAUUUGGGCACAAACUAAGACAAUGGACCAAAGAGUGGACUGAGACAAGGGUGGGACGAAAUACAGAUAAAUAUGCACAUUACAUUUCAAAUAUGGCUUCCUGUAUGCAAACUGAUACUGUAUCUAUUAAAAUGCUUUAGAAGGGUCAAAGUUCAAGUUUAACCGUGCUGAUCAGUCUCACUGUGAGGCUAAUCUGGUCACGCAAGUCAAGAUUUCAUUACCAUGUUAUUGGGUUUGUUCCACCUGAAGUCUCAGUUGUGUCAUCUAAACUAAUCUUGAUGGUCUUGCUACAUUUGAUACUUUACAGCUCGAGUUUCUAAAGGUGAAUGUGUUGGUCCAUCUCAGGACAAAUUAUGAGAAUGUUUUUGUACAGUAUGUACCCUUGUGUCCCAUCAAAGGGCAUUUAAAAAAAAAUUUUUUUCUUCUCACGAGGAAUGUUUUUGCAUUUAUUUUAAUAGUAUUUGUUUCAUUACAAAAUGUCACUCUAGCUGCUGCUUGACAAUGUUAUUACUGUACAAUGAUGAUUGAAUUAAAUUGUAUUUCCUGUCUUAUCUCAUGCA